CAGCGCUGAACGCACCUGAGCCAGUUCGCCUUCAACUGGACAUAUAUAAAAGUGGACUGGAUUCAGGAUCGAAUUUGUGGUUCUCCUAUUUGACUUUCUGAACUUCAAACAUGAAAUUCUUGGCUGUCGUUUUGGCUUUGGCCGUCGUCGCCCAGGCGGCUGUCAAUAUGCCCCACAAGAAGAUUUUCCCCAGGGGUGAGCUUUUCCCCCGUGCCCAGGUCCCACAAGGCCCUGGCUACUUCACCCCUACCAAAGUUGCCCCCACUGUCGACACCCGCGGAUUCUGCGGACAGUCCAAAGUCGAUUCCAGCCGCAUCGUCGGUGGAGAGGAGGCCAUUCCCCAUGAGUUCCCCUGGCAGGUGUCCGUCCUUAUCGAUGGGUCCGGCUUCUGCGGAGGUUCGCUCAUCUCGCCCGACUGGGUUUUGACCGCCGCCCACUGCGCCGAUGGCGCUGGCCGCUUCCUCAUCACCCUCGGCGAUCACGACAGGACCGUCGUCGAGCCGUCCCAGGUCGCCGUUUCCACCACCACCUACACCGUCCACCCCGGAUGGAAUUCCGCCACCCUUGCCGACGAUCUCGCCCUCAUCCGCUUGCCGUCGCCCGUCACCUUGACCCCCGAGGUACAGCCCAUCUGCUUGGCACCGGCCACCGAGCCCGAUCACGUUGGCGACACCCUCUUGGUCUCCGGAUGGGGUAAGACCGCCGACGGUGCCUUGCAAGGCAUCUCCGACGUCCUGAUGAAGGUGACAGCCCCCGGCAUCACCACCGCCGAAUGCGCUGCCACUUAUGGCGACAUCAUCACCGACAACAUCCUCUGCAUCGACACCACCGGCGGCAAAGGAUCCUGCAACGGAGACUCUGGCGGCCCAUUGAGCUUCGUCAACGCUGGUGUUUACAACCAGGUCGGCAUCGUCAGCUUUGGCGCCCGCGCCGGAUGCGCCGAGGGAUUCCCCGCUGGAUUCACCCGCGUUUCCAGCUACACCCAGUGGAUCUCCGACACCACCGGCUUGAUCUUCUAAAUUACUAAUUUCCAAUCGAUUUCUGAUAAGCUCUGCUGCAUUCUCUCUUCUUCUUAUUUCUUUUCUGUCCUUAUAUUGGCGCUUGAUCCCCAAAUAAAUGAAACGUCAAUAAAACUAGCUCAAAGUCUAUUGUGUGUAAAAAGCAA